GUCAACUCUGUUUUCCAUUCGCAGUUUGUCUCAACUUCUUUUGCCAAAAAGGUUGAAAUCGAAGCAYCGCUUUUGCUAAACGGACUUUAGAACACACGUCGAUCUCUUUCCGGAUCGCAUCGUUGCACAURCAGAUUUGCUUUCCGUUUCUUGCCCUUCCCCGAUUUGCAUACGAACACUGCACCAAACAUCCAUCACAUGGUCGAUGAAAAUCUUCGAUAACAUAAUGAAAAAGGCUUCUGGGGAAUGGAAGGGCGAAAGCGAUCAGGAACWCGACGGUAUUCCGCUCGGCGGAAGCACGAGCAAUAGCGAGGGAUACGCAAGCAACAGCUUGGUGGAAGAGCCCGCGGCGUUAGUCGGCCAUUCGUACGGAAGCUUGCCCGGGRAGGAGCAACAGCUACCGGAAAAACGACCAGACGGAAACGCAAAUGCUCCGCUUCGCUCCGGAGGAAGCGGCAGCCGGAAGAAAUCCRGCGGCCUACCCCCGCUCUCGCUCUACAUCGAGGCCGGGAAUUUCCGGAGGGCAUCGGAACGCGCCAGAAAACACCCGGGAGAGGUCAAAGCGUGGGCCCCGAUCCCGAUCAAGUCAUCACCGAGGAGUUUUGGUAGCGACGGCAAAACGCUAAAGCGACUCGCACUGCACCAUGCUUGUUUGAAGGUGAGUGAUUCGGUGAUUGAGUGGGUGGAUUUCUUUGUGGGAAGAAACCAUCAAUAAUAGUAGUAACAAUCUACACAACUGCUGCCACCGCCAUCGUCAACGGAGCAUCGUCGUUUGCAAUAUCCUAUUCUAACGUUGUAAUGYCCAACCAYAAACUACAAUGCGUUCGUUUUUGGCAACAAACCAUCGGAUACAGCUCCGGGCUGCGAGCGGGAGCCGCAAGACGAUGGACGAAGACCCGUUCGUUGAGCUCUGCCGCUUGAUUCUCUUGCUGAUCGAGCURYACCCCCGUGCCUGCGCAGAAAGAGAGACGCGUCAUGGUUGCAUGCCGCUACACCUGGUGGCGUUUGCGUCGUGCGCGGGACCCUCGGAACGAGCCAGGGGGGCCAGCGCGACCGACAAUCACCACGGCAGUGGUAGCGUCAACGCGCCAAGGGUCUUGUCGCCAAGCAGCUCAACGUUUUCGACAUCGGCGCURUCGUCGGCACUCCCAUCCCCUGCAAGCCAUUGCGAGCCCCGGAACUCGCCGUCCAAGCUCUCGAGGCCCGUCAUUCUUUCCCACAACCAGCGAUCGGUCUCGGAAGGAACCGCUGCAACGCAGCGCACAACGAUGUCGGUGGCCAUUGCCGAGGAAAAAUAUACGGGAAUCCAGUCUGAAUAUCACGAAUUGCAGCAACAACAUCAAGGCGGUCAGCCACAAAUUCAAUCCCAAUCUGUGUCUAUGGGAAACAACGUGUUCGURUCCGCGGAACGGGAAGAGUGGGCUGUCAAAGUCGUGAAUGCCCUUCUGGAUGCCUUCCCCCGGGCAAUCAAAAUGAGUUCCGAAGGGGGGCGGCUGCCCCUGCACUGGGCCGCAGCGGGGCGUGCGACCCCCCGGGUUGUAUCGACCCUGAUUACGGCGUACCCAGAUGCGGCAAAGCACCGAAAUAAGGACGGCUGCCUCCCUGUUCACCUAUGUGCACACUGGGGUAUUUCGCAUUCCGCCGUGGUAGUCUCGAUGCUGAGGAGUUACCCCGAUGCUACGUAUGGAAAGAACCGCUGGGAGCGGUCUCCAUUGGAAGAAGCCCUGUGCAUGGCUGGUGAAAACGGAAGGCCGCAUCAGGCGGUGUUGGUUCGGGCGCUGCGAAAACACCAUUCACACUGGACCCGGCCCGAAGGCGUCCUCUUUCACCAGCCACAGAYCUCACGGCGAGAUCCGAUGCGCAACCUUGUGGACACCGACGAAACUGUAGAUAGCAUGGAAAACUCAUUCGUUGAUGCCGAWGCUAUAUACGAGGACAGCCUCUUUCGGGACGAGUAAGUUUCGAUCUGCGCGUGCGUGCGUGCGUUUGUGCAUAUGAAUGCAUCCAUAGGUUCUGAUGCAGGUGUAGCUUUUGUCCCAUUACRUUCGGGUAAAGAUGUUAGUUUCCUCUCCUCACUUUUCCUUAUUCCUACUUUGAUGGUUAUGUUCAAUCUCUACGAUGGGCACAGACGAGGUGCAUACGGUAAGCCACCACCCAAAAAUGGGCUCCAAGAAUUCGAUUUGCAGACAUUGAUCGUUCAACAAAACUGGGAGUCGGUUGCCCACCGCCUCGAUUCGAGUCCAACCGAAGCAAGGGUAAGCCUCAGGGUUCCCACUCGCGGCGGGUUUACCUCUAGUUCGGGUUUCGCCCCGCUGCACAGCGCAUGUGAAAACAUUCCUCCAAAAGAGAUUGUCGAGAAAAUGAUACACCUGCAUCCGGAGGUCGUCACUCAGAGGUUCAUGCCUGGUGGUAAGCUCCCGCUUCAUGUCGCUUGCACAUGGCAUGCACCAAAAGAAUCGAUUGAUGUUUUGUUGGCAGCAAAUCGAAAUGCUUGCAAAAUUCCAGACGAGCUCGGAAAUUUACCACUGCAUYUGGCUUGUUUCUCWGGAGCGCCGCCGGCCGUUGUUGAAAUCCUGUUGAAAGCUUAUCCGAAAGCCGUGCUAUAUCGAAACAACCAAGGCUCUUUAGCUGAAGAUAUUACGAAGAGGUUGAAGCACGAUAGUCGAACUUUAUCGAUUUCGUUGCUCCAUCUCUGCAGAGACGAGGUAAACAGAAAAAGACAAAUGAAACACCGUCGAAACCGGUCAGAUGGUUACAUUCACAGUGCACAGGAAGGUGCGGUUAUGCAUUCGAGGUACGUGCAUUCAAGACAACUUUGCUASAGUACUUACAAUCAAUCAAAUUGUGUGGAAACGUUCUUCUUGUUKCAACYUUGAUAUAUCUAACCGUUGCUUACUUCUCGGUCGGUCGACAGGGAUAGCCAAGUGAAUCCAACACAUUAUCUGAUCGAUCAUUGCGAAAGUGAAGAAAUCGAGGUYACGUACAGUGGCGAGAGUGAAGCCAAGAAAGAGCUAGUAUGGAUAUAAUGUGAAAAUCUUGGAAUKACUUCGAGUUGGUCAGGUGGAUGAAACCCAGCUUUCCACWGGGUUGAACAUCGYUGUUGGAUUCGAAAAACAUUGUGAUGGRGCUACUGAGAGCUCCUCGGAGACCCAAGGACGGCGAUCACACCUGCAUCGUAGGAAGUAUUCCACACUUGAUUGGUCGUGUUAAUCAAAUUAYUUGCACUUCAACAUAGAUAUACUGUAUAUUGGUCAAAUAGGGUAGAAACUACUACUGGGUAAUUUGAAUUCAUGAUAAUUCAUGCUGAUUAGUAUGUUAUACCUAGCUAGUACUACUACUACUACUAGUACCACUAUCAAUGGCUUUCUCUGGUACAAGUGUUCUUACUAGCCAUACUUUUGUACCAGUAUGUAUGACUACUGAUACUAGUGUUCCUAGCAGUACUACUAGUAGUACUGUUCAUGAUGGUGGUAACAAAUUUGCAGCACAAAUUUAUGAAUGGCAGGAAAUGCAGUAACAUCACAAUAUUUCAGCCACAGUUUGAUUCUUUGUACAACAACAUUAUGCUGCUGUUAGAAUAGGAUGGCAGAAAUUUGGCAACAUACCAAUUGCAGCCCAAACAUACUACUACUACUAUGGGAAAGACAGGAAUAUAACUCCAAGAUMAAA